AUCAAAUGGAUUAGGACGGUGAAAUAAAAAGCGAGCACUGUCACAAGUUGUUUGUUCUGAUAUGCUUUCUUUUUCAUUAUUUUUUGCUCGAUUUGAUUUUCACAUGCCGUGAACAAUCAUUUUGGAUCUCAGAUCCCUUUUCUGUCCCUUUCUCCUACUUGAAUGUUGUUUAUGACGCUAAUCUUUCUUAAUCACACUAUUAUAAAUUUAUAAUCCCUCCCCUCUGGUGUUUUUCUACCAAUGGGGCUCCUCAGAUGCUGGCCCCGACCAAUUCCACCAUGGAUUCUUUCCCCCAACACCAGUAGCCCUUUCACGAUCUUGUUAAGGUCUUGAAAAUUUACACUGUUACUAUUCCUGCUGAGAAAGAAACGUGGAUGCCAGAUACAGAAAUCAGAAUAAAGAAGGGUUUUUUUUUAAAGUGGGGAAGUAGGAGAUAGACUAGUAGUGAUGAUUUGACAGAGUUUUUUAGGCUUUAUAAGUUAGUUAAUUGAUUUUAUGAAGUGGGUUUUGUGUGGAAUGGUUUAGUUGUUAUGAAGAGUGUAGGGUUUGAAUAUUUCUAAGAAUUUCUGUGUGAGACACUGAGUGUACAGAAAAUAUUGAGUUGGGCAUCUAAUUUUACUGUAGUGCCAGCAUCUAGAAAGGAAUAAUGAUGACUUCACAGAUAAAUUUGGUGAUGACAGUGAUUGGGUUUGCAUUGAGUACCUUGUUCAUAGUGUUUGUGUGUACAAGACUCAUAUGGGCUAGAAUUCAGUUAAAUGCGUCGAGACGGGCUUUAGCCACGGGUUCUAGGUCUGAUCUUAGCAUUUUGGAGCGGGGUCUGAAUGGCCUUGAGCCUCUCGUGGUGGCUAAUUUUCCCAUCAAGAAGUAUAAAGAUAUGUCCUGGUCUUCAAAAGAAAAUGCUCAGUGUACUGUGUGCCUUGCUGAGUACAACGAGGAAGAUACACUACGUAUCCUGCCCGUCUGUGGACAUUCCUUUCACGCAUCAUGUAUCGACAUAUGGCUGCACAAGCACUCCACAUGUCCUGUAUGUCGAAUUUCUCUGAACGAGCUUCCCGAGAGAAAGUGGUUCAUGCAGUCGAUGUUUAGUUCAGCAUUCCGAUCCCAAUACAGCAUGCAAUCUAUCAACUUGCAUUAUUGUCCGUGCUUGUCAAAUUGCCACAUGCAUUCGUCUAGAUCCCUUGACAACCAGAUGCCAGGCCCCGCCCAGGAGCUCCAGUGUCGAUCCGAGGGUGCAUCUGCGUGUUGAUUGUCUGUAAUAAAAACAGGAAACAACUAGAGAGUGCAUGGAUAAGUUCUUUGGCCACAAGAUUUGUGUUGUUGCUUUGAAGGGAAUGCGCAGAAGUUGGUGGCACCAUCGUUGAGAUUGAGUCCUGGAAGUAGAUUGUUCUACUCGUAGCUUUAUGUAUAUAUGGCGAUAGUGAUUUGUCGCUAUAGUGUCAAUUUAUGCUGUCGGUUCUAUCAAGUCAAUCGAUCCAAGUCCUAUUAGUUUACCAAAUUUAUAAAUGGAGUAACCUGACCUAUGUCUCAAUGUAAGGUUUUUAUAAGCUGGGAAUAGAGUGCUCGUUCGACUA